GGGAGAAGGUUUGUGUAUUUGUCUCACUGGUUCUUCUCAACUUCUGUACAGCUACAUCGAAGAGCUGCUCUAUGCUUGGGGAUUUCAUACGCAAUUUAAAUUUGUUUGCUGAACACAUAAAUGAAGGCUUUAUUUAACUAUUCUUUUGGCGCAGUGCUGUCUGAUGCUGUGGCAAGAAGUGUAGUGGCUGAAUGUUUGGAUGAACUGCUUAGUUCGAUUCAGGAUUUUCUUAUAGAGGGGAGAGUUAUGUUGUAUGCUAAUCUGUCUUUUGAGACUUCCGCUGAAUUUGAUUCAAGAAGACAUGUCAUUAUUGAUGUUUCAGAUGUAGUACUUACACAUGAACCUGCUUCGGCUGACCUGUUGGUGGCCAGUAGCAUUGUAUUGGGUUUGAUUUGUGCAGCUGCUGACCGUACCGGCUUUCUGUGUGAAGCUGCAUAUAACAUUUUCCGGAUGCACAGAUACAAUACCUCGGUGGUUCUAGUUGUUCUUCAUGUGUUUGCUUAUGUGGGCGGAGAUAAGAUGUUUACUUUAAGAAAUUAUCGUUUAACAAUGCUAUAUUGAAAUCGAUUGUCACGUUCCUUGAAAGUGAAUGUGCUCCGGUGACUAUAAAGACACUCGUUGGUGGGUGAUGUUCUACCUCAGUUCCAUGCACGUGUUGGAUGCCCAUUUUCUAAGGAUGCCCUUUCUGUAGAUGAUGUUGACUCAUUACUCUUUACAAAGUUUCAUAAUUUUGCCCGGUCAGGAAUCAUGUAUCAAAAACUGACAGCAAAUUCAUCAAAUUCAUGUUUAACGUACAUUCGAGAUAUGAAUGUCUCCUGUUGUUUAGGUAAGUGCAGCUUGGCAAGUAAACAGUCGGGAUCAGUUGUCACCGAGACAGUCUGUGACAUCAGUGAUGUCUUAUCAUUGAUGGAGCUGCUGGCAUGCAAUAUGAGCUGGAACUGGACAUGCAAGGAAAUCAUUGCCCAGUUGUGGAUUAUGUUGGAGUCAUAUGUUCAUGAGAACCUCAUUGUUGCCAUUAUUAGUCUUCUUGGUCAACUUGGAAGG